CGCUUCUCCAUCCUACCUACAAGAUGAAAUCACUGACUGUUGCCUUCUUUGCGCUGCCGUGGCUCUCGUUCUCCACAGCUCAACUGCCUCCUGCUAAUGUUUGGAUCAAGCCAGGUCCCAGAGACGCUCGCUCGCCGUGCCCUGCACUCAACACACUUGCAAACCACGGAUACCUCCCCCGCCACGGACGGGACAUCACUAUCCCCAUGAUCGUGGAGGCUUCGAUGGCUGGAUUCAACAUGGCUGCCGAUGCGGUGACUGUGGCGGCCAAGUUCGGUUUGUUCUCGGGUGACUCGCCGACGAGUAUGGAUCUGGAUGCUCUGGGACUCCACAACCUCAUCGAGCACGACGCCUCUCUCUCUCGGCAAGACUCGGCGCUCGGCGACAACACCGUCUUCAACGAGCGGAUAUUCGCGACACUGGCCGAGUCGAAUCCGGGUGUGCAUUUUUACAACACGACGUCCGCCGGCCUGGUCAUGAACGAGCGGCUGCGGAUGUCCGUCGCGGCAAACCCGAACAUCACAAACACGCCGAAGGAGCUGGGGCUCCGGACCCGCGAGUCCACCUUCUAUCUGUCCGUGAUGGGCGAUCCACUCACGGGAGUGGCUCCCAAAAAGUUCGUCCAGAUAUUCUUCAGGGAGGAGCGCUUGCCGGUCGCAGAGGGCUGGAAGAAGUCCAAUGUAACGAUCACCGCGGGCACAUUGAAUCAGCUCGCCGCGCAAGUUCUGAAGGUGUCGACCUGGACCCCGACUCAACAGUGCGAGGAUAUAGUCGUCGGACCCGGGCAAGUCCUGUAA